ACUCCUCUCGGCCUGACGCACUGAUAACAGACCCAGACAAAUUUAGCUCAAAUAUAAUGUUUACCAGCAAAUUAUUGUGACCAACGGACUCCGAGACGUUUAAAGAAAAAGGUGUGCAGUCAUGCUGUCCAGACUGAGCACGAGUGUGAGGCCGUGUGUGAGCAUGUGCAGAUGGGUUCACACUAAAGAGAAGGGAAAACCGCUCAUGCUUAACCCGCGCACUAACAAGGGCAUGGCAUUCACUCUGAAGGAGCGGCAGAUGUUGGGGAUUCAUGGUCUUUUACCAUCAAAGAUCGAGACCCAGGACACCCAAGCCAUGCGCUUCCAGAAGAACCUGAAGAAGAUGUCUGAUCCACUGCAGAAGUAUAUCUACCUGAUGGGGAUUCAGGAGAGGAACGAGCGCCUCUUCUACCGUGUGCUCAUGGAGGACAUUGAAGCCCUCAUGCCCAUCGUCUACACUCCGACUGUGGGUCUCGCUUGCACACAGUAUGGACACAUCUUCAGGAGACCCAAAGGUCUCUUUAUUUCCAUUAAGGACCAAGGACAUAUUCGUUCCAUAUUGGAUAAUUGGCCAGAUACCUCUGUCAAGGCUGUGGUGGUGACGGACGGUGAGCGGAUCCUGGGUUUGGGGGAUCUGGGAGUGUACGGGAUGGGUAUUCCUGUAGGAAAGCUGUGUCUUUAUACGGCCUGUGCUGGAAUCCGACCUGAGAGUUGCCUGCCUGUCUGCAUUGAUGUGGGCACAGAUAAUGAGAAGUUACUGAGAGAUCCGUUCUACAUGGGUCUGUACCAGCGGCGGGACCGUUCACAGCGAUACGACGAUCUUAUAGAUGAGUUCAUGGAGGCGGUGGUGGACAAGUACGGACAGGACACGCUCAUUCAAUUUGAGGACUUCGGGAAUCACAACGCUUUCCGAUUCCUGAAGAAAUACCGCGAGAAGUACUGCACCUUCAAUGACGACAUCCAGGGCACUGCAUCUGUAGCUCUGGCAGGUUUACUGGCAGCUCAGCGUGCCGUGGGAAAGCCAUUAACUGAACAUAAAGUUCUGUUUCUGGGUGCUGGAGAGGCCGCACUUGGAAUUGCAAACCUGAUCGUCAUGGCGAUGAUGGAGUCAGGAAUGUCUCAGGCCGAUGCCAGGAAAAAGAUCUGGAUGUUUGACAAGUACGGGCUGUUAGUAAAGGACAGAGCUUAUGAGACAGACAGUAAUCAAGAGGCUUUUGUUCAUCCUGAUCCAGGCGAUGUGAAAAGCUUCUUAGACGCUGUCAAUGUUAUUAAACCCACAGCGAUCAUCGGUGUGUCAGGGGCCGGUCGGCUCUUCACUCAUGAUGUCAUCAAAGCAAUGGGAAACUUGAAUGAGCGUCCGAUUAUUUUCGCCUUAAGCAACCCGACGGCCAAGGCUGAGUGCACAGCUGAAGAUGCGUACAGCCUCACACAGGGACGGUGUUUGUUCGCGAGCGGUAGUCCGUUUGCUCCAGUGUCACUAGAAGAUGGCAGAAUACUGACUCCUGGACAGGGAAACAACGCUUAUAUAUUCCCUGGUGUAGCUCUGGCUGUUAUUCUCAGUGGAGUCCGACACAUCAGUGACACGGUCUUCCUUGAGGCCGCAAAGACACUGGCGGAUCAGCUGACGGAUGAAGAGCUGAGUCAGGGACGACUCUAUCCACCACUGUCCAACAUCAGAGAGGUGUCGCUGCAGAUGGCCAUCAAGGUGGUGGAGUAUGUGUAUUCAAAGGGAAUGGCGUUUCGAUACCCGGAGCCUGUGGAUAAAGAGUCGUACGUCAGAUCAGUGGUCUGGAACACAAACUACGACUCUUUCCUACCCGACAUAUACGACUGGCCCGGGGUCUCACACACUCCCAUAGUCGAUUAAAAACAAACAGCAGAGCCA